AUGAAGCAAACUACGAUAUCUACUCCAUUGCUGUCACCAUUCAAUGGCAAAACGAUUGUACUCGAACUUGGUCGUGAAAUAGGUUUCAAAGCUAAACAAGAACUUAUAAAUUAUUUACGAGAACAAAAAGCAUAUAUUUCAUAUAUUCUUACAGCUAGUACUGAUUAUGUUUUAAUCACGAAUAAUGUAGAUAGCUACAAGACACGUCGUGCGAAACAACUUGGUUUGCCACUAGUUAAUGUUGAAUAUGUGUAUGAAUAUCGUCGCUUGCCGCCUGGUCAAACAUCGAUCGAUAUAAGUAAAUUUAUCAUCAAGUCAAUUGAAGAUCAAGAAAAUUUUACACAGACUGGUACAAUAUCCAUUACAGGAUCUCGAACAAAUGCAAUCAAAAUCAAUAAAUUUGAUUUAACUAAAAUCAAAAUAUGGAAUUCAGACGAUAUUAAUUUACCUCGUUUCGAUGAGUUAACUCAUUGUGAAAUUGGAAAAUGGGCCAUUUUUAAAGAAACCAAUGAUAAUUCAAAUGUGUACUUUGUUCUUGAACUUCAAGUCAUUCCUGAACAAUACUAUGAUCGAAUAACGAGUGAUUAUCGAUUACGAUUUCGUUAUGAAAAACAAACUAUUGUUAACGAUGGACAACAGCAAAAUAAAAAAGUAUUGAUACAAUAUGCAUUCAGUGAUGAUCCAAAUGAACAGCAACAAUUAUUUGCCACGUAUUAUCAUCGAGUAGCUACAAUGUCACGUGUAACACGAAUUCGUGAGAUGUUACCUGAUAAAUUAGGAUCAAAAUUAUUAUUACGUUCUUUAUUUACUCAUCGUAUCGAUACACAAAUACUUGAUGAGAAUGCAUGUCAAUUAAUUGAAUCGAUUUGGUUAGAAUCAAUUGGUGAUUUGAAUAAAAUUUUGAGCGUACCACCUGAAUCAAUUACUCUCAAAACAAUUAUCGAAGCUGAAGCUGCACUACUUGAAUUGAAAACGACUAAUGAUCCUCGUGCUGCACUUCGUUUCUAUUCACUUAUUCCUCAUCGGUCACAAUAUACAGUUGAUCUAAUAAAAAAUCGUCGAGUAUUAACAGAAAAAAUUGAUUUAUGUCAAAUGCUUCGAGACAUGCUUACAGUCAAUGAACUAACUAAUUGGAAUGUUAAAGCACCGAUUGAAGCGAAAUAUCGAGCAUUGAAAUGUCACAUUGAAACUAUUGAUAAUUCAACACCUGAAUUUAAUAGUAUUGCUGAAUUGAUUCAAUCGUCAACAGAUAAUGGUAAACAAAUUGUUAUUCAUCAAAUAUUCAAUGUAACUAAACAAAUCGAUGCACUUAAUUUUUGCACAUCUCUAUCAAAUCAACGACAAUUAUUUCAUGGAUCAAAAUAUGCUAAUUUUCUUGGAAUUCUUUCACGUGGUUUAGCAAUGCCAAAAAUGGUAGUUGAAGAAUUAGGUGUCGUACGUACUGAUAUUGGUUGUCUUGGUUAUGGACUUUACUUUUCUGAUUCUGCUUCUACAUCUUUAAAAUAUACAACAGCAAGUACAACACGACCUGGUAGACGAUUGUUAUGUAUUUGCCAAGUAGCACUAGGUGAAUCAGCCAAUUAUUAUUCAUUUGCACCAACUCUCGUCAAACCUCACGAUGGUUUUCAUAGUACACAUGGAGUCAAAAGAACCGAAGAAAACAAUUCAAUGUUUACCGAUAAUGAAUAUGCAAUCUAUCAACUUGAUCAACAACGUUUACUCUACAUUGUGGAAGUUUCAUGGGCACCGAACGAUACUCUCAAUAUCGAAUUUGAACGAUUGCCAAUUAUUCAUCAUCAACAACAUGCACUAAAAUUAAGUGAACAUGUUGAAGUUCCAAUGACAAUUGAAGAUGAAGUCAUUGAAAUAGCCGAACAAGACUAUGGUUUAAUAAAUCCAUCAUCGGGAAAACUUGUACCACUUAAAUCAUUUCAUAUUCGUGCUCAAAUUGUUGAUACUACAGUUGAGGUUGUUCUCUAUCAAGUCUAUCACAAUACGAGUUCGAUACCAAUUGAAGCUAAAUAUGUAUUUCCUCUUGAUGAAAAUUCAACUGUAUGUGGUUUCGAAGCACAUAUCAAUAAUAAAAUUAUUAAAGGUGUUGUCAAAGAGAAAGAACAAGCUAAACAAGAAUAUCGAGAAGCAAUCGAAAAAGGACAUGGUGCUUAUUUGAUGCAUCAAGAACAAGCUCAAGUAUUCAGUGUAGCUGUUGGUAAUUUACCAGCAAACAAUGAAGUUAUUAUUAAAAUAACUUAUGUUGCCGAAUUAGAAAUUGAAAAUGAUGAAAUUAUAUUUCGUCUACCAGCUAAAAUGGCAUCAUGGCAAUCGAAACAAGCAAUUGAAAGUAAAGAUCAAUCAAUCGUACGAUCGAUUGGUAUUAUUGAUGAAAAAGUUGAAUUCAGUUUCAAAGCAUCAAUUCGAAUGCCAUAUGAAAUAAUCAAAUUAUUUUCACCAACACAUCGUCUUCGACGAAAAUUAACUGAUUGUAUAGCUAUGAUUGAACUUAUUGAUAAUGUCUUACUUGAUCGAGAUUUUGUUCUUUCAAUAACACUUCGAAGUGCUAAUCUACCUCGAAUAUCAAUUGAAACAUUAUCAUUGGAUAAUGAUGACAAUGGAACAACGAUAGCAUCGAAAAAUGAUGAUUCUCAAGCAUGUAUGCUUACAUUUUAUCCACGAUUUGAAACAUUAACAAAUUCGAAUGAACAAAUUGAACUUAUUUUUAUUAUUGAUGUAUCCAAUUCAAUGGAUGGUAGUUAUGUACAACAAGCUAAACAAUUAGCUCAUUUAUUUCUUACGAAUAUGAAAUUCGAUGAUAGAAAUAUAUAUUUUAAUAUAGUUACUUUUGGAUCAGAUAAUGAUGAAUGUUUUCCGAUUUCAACACCAACAACUAAAGAAAAUCUUGAUAAAGCUAAACACUUUGUUCUGCAUUCACUUAUCCAUCGUGGUAAUACAGAUCUAUCUGCUGUUCUUCAUCGUUAUUCACUAUUACCAGCAUUACCAACAUCGAAAUUUGGCCGUCAAUUUAUUAUUCUCUCUGAUGGACAUAUUCAUGAUCUUCAAUCGAUUCUUGUUCUACUCGAACAUCAAUCAACUAUGCGUCGAGAUCGUAUAUUUGCAUGUUCAAUUGGUAAUGUUGCUAACAAACAUGGUUUGAAACAAUUAGUGAAUGGAGCAAGUGGUGGUGGUCUAACAACUGUAUUCGAUUCGAACUAUCGAUCAAAAUGGAAAACAAAAGUAUUAAAUAUUCUCGAACAAGUUCGACAACCAUGUGUUACAAAUAUAUCAAUUAAUUGGCAUGGUCAUGUAGAUGAACAACAAAAAUUUAAUAUGCAAGCACCGAAAAUAAUUCGAUCAUUAUUUAAUGGAAUGCGACUUAGUGUCUAUCGAUUUAUACAAAAUUGUCAUAAGGCCACAUUAACAGCUACUAUCGAUGGACAAGAAUUUGUUACAACUGUAUUUAGUAGUACAAUGACAACGACUAAAGGACGUAUCCUACAUUGUUUAACAGCUCGAGCGAUUAUUGAUGAUUAUGAUAAUGGAUUAUUACAUGUAGACGAGAGCGAAAAUGAACUGAUGAAAGUUCAAUAUAAGCAAGAUCUUAUUGAUCUAAGUAUCAAACAUUCAGUCGUUAGUGCAUACACUAGUUUUGUUGCUAUCGAAGAACGUGAUGCUAAAACAGAUGUAAAAACUUUUCAACCAGGCGUUCGUCUUCUUGAUGUUAUGCUCGAUCGAAAUAUUGACUUAUUACCAUACAUAGGAUGGGACGGUGAUGUGUCAAAUUUGGAUACAAUUAAACAGAAAUUAAUCGAUGAACGUAUUCCACUCGAAAGUGCAUCGAUUCAAAGCAAAAAAGAAUCGAUAGUCGAUAUUGAAAAACUUUGUGAAAAAAUUUCCUAUCGAGCAGGUGGUGAUGCGAAAUUUGAUAUGAUGAUGACUAUCAUACGUACAUAUCGUUAUGCAUUGAAUGAACAUGAAAAAGCAAAUGAAAUUGAAAAUAAAAUGCGAAAUGAUCUUAAGACUGAAAUGAUUAGUGCAACGACAGAAGAACGACAAACAUUACAACAACGAUGUCAAACUAAUAAUUUGAUAAUUAUAAGUGAUGAUGAUGAAUCAUCAGUUGACUUCGAUGGUAAGACAAGUGGAUUAACAAAAACCCAACGGUUGGAAAAGAUGAGACAAAUAAUGUCGUCGUUGGGUGAAGCACCAACUGCCGCUGACGUACCCUCUACACCGUCAUCAUUAUCAUCAUCAUCAUCAUCAUCAUUAUUUUCACUGGAACUUGCACAAGAGAUGAUAAGUAAAGGGAAAAAAAUGACUGCACCAGGAACGCGUUCAUUGGCAGCACCGGGAACGUGUUCAUUGGCAGCACUAUCAGAUUCCGAUGAUGAAGGCGAUGAUAUGGGUUUCGGCUGUUUCGAUGAUAUACCAACAGCUUCCUACUCGGCACCUCGAAAGAUGCGUGCACUGGAAAAGGAGUCAUUGAGAUUACAGCCAGAAUCCGACGAUGACGAUGAUGAUAAUAUGUUUGACAUAUUCGGUGAUUAUGUACCAGCAGCUUCCUGCCCAGCAUCUGAGAAGAAGCCUACACCAGAAGAGCCUUCAAUGCAACAACAGUUGAAAUUGGCUGAAUUAGAGAAUGAAGACGAUGCUAUGGAUUGGAGCAUUUUGGACACUAUGAACGAGUCCUCCUAUAUCGACUUUACACAAAAAUAUCAAUCAAAAUUGCAAUUGAUAACAAGUGACGCGAAACAACAGUCAUUAGCGGAUUAUGGAGAAGCUGACUUAUUUGGAGACGGCAGCGUUGGAGGCGACGAUUUGGUUUCUCUCCGAUUCACUGUCACCCGUGAUUCUUCUUUAGCGAGUCAUGAUUUGACUACUACAAAGAUAAUUCCAGCCAAACAACUUCCAAUAUCUACUGUUGAUAAAAACUUGGAAACGAAAAAGAGUGAGAGUACAGGAUCUGUGCCUGCACCACCACCAUUGCCACCAGUAAGACUGGCCCAACAAUUAUCAAAAUCUACUGCUAUGAAACGAGCACCGUCAACUAGUAAACAACAGUCAAGUCUAAUAUCGGCACAACUACCUAGACCUGAAAUGUUGAUUCUUCCCUCCGCUACCAUCAGCCAUGUCACGGCUCAAGCUCAAACUGCUUCAUUUUCGUCUCAAAGGCUACCUGCGCCUCAAUCACUGCGUCCGCCGCCGCCGCCACCACCACGACCACAAUUUAUGCACCAUUCAGCUGCAGUGAGAGGUAGAGGUGGGAUGUCAAGGCCUUUACCACCACCAAGAGAUGCUACAAAAACAUCGAUAGCAUUUUCUGAGAUGCCACCGCCUGCUGUUAAUCAAUCUCUUCAACAAAAUUUUUCUCUACCACAAUCAACUCCACGUAAGAUAUCUCCACAUGUAAUGACUUUGUAUUCAUUGAGUAAUGAAUUCGUAGUGUUUACGCCCUAUUAUGUGGCACCGAUGGUCAACAUUAACAAUAAUAACGCAUCAUUUGAGAGUAAUACCAUCGACAAACAAACAGCGCUUCAGAGUAGCUCAUCGCCAAUAUCUUUAGGUGAUUUUAGUUUUAACGACGAAUUUGUCAGCAAUACAUGUGACUUAUUUGAUGUUGCACCAUUGCCUGCUUCUCAUUUGGAAACUUCUGCUGCUCCUCCUCCACCACCCCCUCCACCACCUCCUCCUCUACCAACAACAACAGCAACAACAUCAUCAUUUUUACUUGAUAAUUUCGACCAGGCUUUCGUCGGUGGUAGCAGCGUUUCAAAUCAAAGUAGCGAAUCAGCAGAUCGACUCAAACGGGACGAACUCUUGGACGAUAUUUCAAGUUGCAUUGCUCCUUCUUCGCUUUCUAUAGCAUCACCCAAAAAGUCAUAUCCAACAGUAUCGCUAAAAAUGAAAGCGGCAACAGAUGAACCUCGUAGUAGUCGUGGUGGUUGUAUGGGAUCUUCAACAGCAGCAACACAGUCAGCGAUAAGCACUAAAGCUUCGCCACGUGGUCGUACAUAUGAUGAAGAUAAAUUGCUUGAAACGAGGUGUAGGAACAAGAUAAAAGCAAAGUUUCAAGACUUCGAAAAGCAAGAUGAUGAUGAUAAAAAGGCAAGUUUCUUAUCUAGCGAGACAACACUGAGCUCUAUAGUUGGUAAAAGAAAAAAUGUCGAAACCCUUCAAUCAAAAAUGAAAGAAGUUCCAACAUCCAACACAUCUAUAUGUGAUCUCCUUCUUCUCGAUGUCUGUCCGCUUGGUUUCGGCAUUGAAGAUAUUCAUGGUCAAAUGCAUACACUUAUUCGUCGCAAUACAACAAUCCCAACACGUACACAAUUCUAUUCAGUGUUCACAAAUGCUUAUGCCUAUCAAACAACAGCUACCAUUCGUAUAUUUGAAGGUGAACAUAAUCUUACAAAAUACAAUACACUCUUGGGCGAGUUUAGUCUUUCUGGUCUGACAACUAAUUAUGCUGCUCAGACACUCGAAAUCUCUAUUCGCAUGGAUCUUGAUGCUAAUGGUAUACUUCAUGUUGAUGCUGAAGAAGCACGUUCGGCUGCCAAAGCUUCCUUUAAUUUCACACCUAAUAAUCAACAAAGAUUGACAGCAGAUGAUAUUGCGCGACAUAUUACAUAUGUUAAUAGUGACCCACGUUUUACAGCUAAAUCGGUCUAUAAUCGCAUACCAAAUGAUCCAUUGUAUAUGCUCGAUGGUCAAACUGAAUCUAUAAUGCACAAUUUUUCUGGUGAACCUAUCACUUCACGUGGUCAAACGACUAGUAUUCCACUUUUCAGUAAACUGAAAGAUGUUCGAUCUACUACAACCAUGAUUGAAGAACUUUUCAAUCUUCAAUCCAAAGAUGGUUCAUUUACAUUGAAUAAAGAAUUAGCUGAUGUAUUUCAUAUUGAUUUUGAUAUUUUCCAUGGUCUUGAAAACUACUUACGUAAACAAGGUUUUAACUCAUUGGCAUUGAAUAUACGCAAUGACAUUCUUCGUUUGAUCGGCACGGGCGUUAUUCUUAUUUGGCUUGUUCUUCAAACACAAGCAUCACAACAGAAUACAUUUCAAUUUUUAUUUAACAUCGAACAAAUCAAAGUUCAUCUUUGCAGCCAUUUACCUGCUAAUAUGAGCGAACAAAUAAACAAAGCGAUCGAAUUCUAUCAACAAACAAAUCAACGUAAUGGUAUAUAUUGCACGCAAUUAGAAUUAAGUGAUUCAUCAUGGAACAUGUUUAUUCAACGUAUACUUAUUGGUAUCGAUCCCGUCGAUAAUUAA